UUCAAAGUCAAACUCCAAACCCAAAGUUUUCAAUCUCCUCCCACUCACAUCUACAAUGGCAAAAACAAUCACCUUCCUAGCACUCUCCCUUGUUGCCCUUACCCUAGUUCAAGCCCAGCACCCAGUCUCCCCACGUCGGGCUCGAUCCAGGGCAAGGGCAUUCAUUGAGUCGCAAUGUGAGACGACAUUAUAUUCGAAUUUAUGUGUAAGGUGUUUAUCACCUUAUGUUUCUAGCUUCAGCAAAACAUUGAGUCACCGGCAGCUAGCCCAGACAGCAUUAAAAGUCACCCUGGCCAAAGCCGAGACAACACAAGCCUACAUCACCCAAGUGGCCCAAAGGCUAAACCGGACCAAGGGCCCACAGAUCCGAUCCGUUAGGGAGUGUUUGGAUCAGAUAAAUGAUGGGGUGGAUCAGCUCACAAGAAGCAUCAAAGAGGCACAACACAUAAAGGAAGGUGAGGAAAGCAGUGAGUUCACAUGGCAUGCAAGCAACGUCCAGACAUGGAUGAGCACUGCAUUGACAGAUGCAAGCAUGUGCAUCGAUGGGAUUUCAGGACGGACCAUCGGGGGGAAGACAAAGGCCCUGAUCAAAGCUAGAGUUCUUAAUCUUCAACAGGUUACUAGCAUUGCGCUGGCCUUGUUCAAUAGAUUUGCUGCAAGAUUUAGGGUUGUAAAUCCCUAGAUUUAUGACCCUUUCAUGUUUCAAAUUUUUGAGCAUCUUAGAUGCUUUCCAGUUGACUGAAUUUGAUUUGUUUGUUUUCUGAUGGAAAUUACAAUUAUGUGAAAAAGUAACAUGUAAAGUAUAUAUACAUUGAUUCA